AUGGCGGCCCCAAGCCGUCAGUGCAAACGCCAUCCCGGAGGCAUCAGGAGAACGAGACUCCAAAUGCAAAGCUCCAAAAAUUUUCUGAGGUUUCUCUCCAAUGUUUGCAACAACCAAGUGAAUUUGAAAUCCUUCAAGUUUGGGUUGUCUGCAUAUUAUGGAAAUCUCCUAGGACUGUCCUUUGAAGAGGCAUCAGCCAUAUCUGCUCGUUUUCAGUCUGGGCUGGAAAAAUGCUGUUUACAGCCCCAACCUGAAUGUAUAAUUCAAGAGCUAACAAGCUUUCAGAAAGUUCUCUGCAGUGAAUCCAAACUGGAUGCCAUGUCUGAGGAUUUCCGGAAGUGCUGCAGUAAACCUGCCCUGGAUACUCUUCCCUGCGUGGAUGACUUGAAAAGGCAACCUCAUCAGUCUGCAGACGUAGCCAAUCCUGUUUCAUCUAAGCUCUGUGAGGAAGCUCAACCACAUAGAAUUGACAGAUACUUGUUUCUAAUUGGAGUGAAUCAUGCCUCCAUUUCUCUUCCUGUGCUGACGACCGUUCUCGAUCGAAUCAAGAACACGGUAACGGCCUGCUGCUCAUCUGCAGAUGUCACAGCGUGUUUAACGGAGAAGGAGAGUAAAUUGAAAAAGAUUACAGCACUUCUGUCCAAGUUGGACACUUGUUCGCGGUACUUCAGACUGGACCUGCCAUCGUUCAAAACUCUGAUGCAGAAGGAGGUGCAGGGGGAGGGAGGUGAGAAGCAAACACAAGCUUGGGUGGACUUGGGCACAUCCUGCUGUUCCCAGCGCUCCCCAGCACAACUAUGUCAAAAGCUGACAGAGGAUGUUAUUAAAUAUGACGAUGACACUGUUUAAAGAAUCAGAGUGUCAGCAAUUAUAUUGGAUGACGAGAUCUUCUAAAUUCCCUCUCUAAUAGGAAAUGUCAUCCCUCGCUAUCUGAGAUGU